CCAUAAGCAUUCUUGUUUUAGGGAUUCCACAUACAUCUGAAUCAAACAAAUUAGUUCGAUCGUAGCAAUAUAUCAUCGUCCUGACUCCUGAUUCGCGUAAGUGACCGAUUCAAGCACGGGAAAGAUCUCCGGGAACGAAAAAAAAGGGAUUGGGAUGGGGGAGGGGACGGCCGGGGAAUCUGUGCAGGCCCCGAUGGAGGAACUGAGGCUGACUUGGGACGCCGGAAUACCGGCCGUGCAGCGGCGCGUUGAUGCCGUGUCGGCGUCUUUCAGGAAAUCACUCGAGACUACCAAAUCUAGGGUUCAGGAGACAGUUCAGCUUCAGGAGAAACUUAAGAAAGUGAAAGCCGAGCUCAGAGAAGCGGAAGAUGGUUUGGUGAAAGCUAUUGGAGAAAAAACUAGAAAGGAAGCAAAGCGGAUGUCACUAGUAGAAUCAUUGUCCGCGUCCGAAGCAAGAAUGGAACAACUCAAAAGAGCCGUUGAAGCUCAGAGGGCGAGAAGAGAUGAAUAUGCUGGAAUAAUAGCUGAAGCAUCCAAUGAUCUGAAAGAAUGUGAGGAGAAGCGUAACCAAAAUUCUGAACACAGAGAUGGAGUAGAAGAGGCUAUCUUGUGGUAUAACAAGAAUCUCGGGUUUCGAAUUGAGUGUGGUAAUGGAGUUAGGUUCAUAUUUACGAAAAUUAAUAUGAAGACUCCCCAUGAGGAGUACUUCUUUACUAUUCGUCAUGAGAGUGAUACAUAUUCUUUGCUUGAUUGUAAUCCAAGUCUAGAUGGCAUAAAAGAUCUGCUCACUGAGUUAAAUCAAAGCAACGGUCUAUACAAAUUUGUCAGAACCAUGAGGGAGAAAUUCCAAGAAGCUGCAUUGUGUGGAAAUUUCCCUAAAGUGACAUCUCAUGACCAAAAUACCCCCGCAACAUCUAUUUCCGUUCCAUCUUCUUCAAUUCCAACAGAAAGUGGAAGUGAGUCUCCAUCUGAGCAGAGAGAUCCUCAAGCUGAAGAGCUUAACAAAGACUCUGUGACGAAGAAACUUAGGAAUGCCAAAGGUGGCAGGUCAGGGCUCCUCUCCCCUGGAUCUGCUUCCUCUCAUCGUCGCUCCCCGCGCUUUAAGGUGAAGAAAUGAGGAGUUAUUUUCCAUUUAACAUAUUUAGUCUGCAAUUUACACCAUGAAGUUGCAAGUUAAAUUCAAUGCUCCCUCCUAAAUUCAGAGGUAACAAAUUGUACUUUAGGUGUACAUUUAGGUGUGGCUUCAUCACUAUUCAGGACUACCCUAUAUUAUAUCUUUCAAAGGCUUGUGUUGUUAAUAGGGUUUGUAGUUUACAAAGUAAUAUUUCCACUUCUAGACUUGUUUUUCAGGGGUUUUGUCU